CUCUCACGGGGGAGGGGUCUCUGUCUGUUGAGGCCACCCCACUUCCUUCCUGUUCUCGUCUACUGAGAGGUGCGAGCGGGGAUUCCAUAGCGAGCCCUUCGCUGGGUGACCCGGGGUGAGUCGCCGACCCUCUCUGAGCCUUUUUGCAAAGCACGGAACCAGGGAUUCCGGAUCCGCGCUGGCAGGGACGGGAGAGAUUGGUGAUGGAUGCGUGGAUGGUGCUGCUGGGCCUGCAAAUCCUGCUGCUCCCACUCCUGGCUCACUGUACAGCCCCAGCUUCUACCCUGAGAUUCGUGGCUGUGGGUGACUGGGGAGGGGUCCCCAAUGCCCCAUUCCACACAGCCCGGGAAAUGGCCAAUGCUAAAGAAAUCGCCAGAACCGUGCAGCUUAUGGGCGCUGACUUCAUCAUGUCCCUGGGGGACAACUUCUACUUCACUGGAGUGCAUGACGCCAAUGACAAGAGGUUCCAGGAGACCUUUGAGGACGUGUUCUCUGACCGUGCCCUCCGCAACAUCCCCUGGUACGUGCUGGCUGGAAACCACGAUCACCUUGGCAAUGUCUCGGCACAAAUUGCCUACUCCAAGAUCUCCAAGCGCUGGAACUUCCCCAGCCCUUAUUACCGUUUGCGUUUCAAAGUUCCGCGGUCGAACAUCACCGUGGCCAUCUUUAUGCUGGACACCGUGAUGCUGUGUGGCAAUUCCGACGACUUUGUUAGCCAGCAGCCCGAAAUGCCCCGAGACCUGGGAGUGGCCCGCACUCAGCUGUCCUGGCUCAAGAAACAGUUGGCAGCAGCCAAGGAGGACUAUGUUUUGGUGGCCGGUCACUACCCCAUCUGGUCCAUCGCUGAGCACGGACCCACCCGCUGCCUGGUCAAGAACUUGAGGCCAUUGUUGGCCACAUACGGGGUCACCGCCUACCUGUGUGGGCAUGACCACAACCUGCAGUAUCUUCAGGAUGAGAACGGUGUGGGCUAUGUGCUGAGCGGGGCCGGCAACUUCAUGGACCCUUCCGUGCGACAUCAACGAAAGGUCCCCAACGGCUACCUACGCUUUCACUACGGAUCUGAGGACUCUCUGGGUGGCUUCACAUACGUGGAGAUAGGCUCCAAAGAAAUGAGCAUCACGUAUGUGGAAGCCUCUGGAAAAUCACUCUUCAAGACCAGCCUCCCCAGGCGACCCAGACCCUGAACACCUACAAGGGUCCUGCUUAUCCCCUAAUGGGUCUGAGGGAGGAGCCUCUGCAAGCGUGAUGGGUGGGCCCUGUGAGGACCUCACCCACCGGCAGCUUUUUCUCUGCCCUGGUACUCUGGCAGAGUGGGAAGGGGAACCACAGAGGCUUACAUACAGGAAAGAAGUACGCUCACACCAACUGGCCCCCACAGCCAGGCUUACCCCUGUGGUUUUGGGGUAGAGCUUUCUUGGGAGUGGGGCUUUCUUUUAAAUCAAGCAUCUCACUGUCACUGCUAUUCAAUAAAACAAUAGUUGACAAGGCUG